GAGUGUGAAAGGAGCAACACAUUAAUCAACGGGAAUUGUUGUGAGAAACUCGUGUUCAAGAGGAACUCGGAUUAUUGAGUGUGUUGUAUUCGAGGGAUUACAAUAUAUGAAAGAGUUUGAAGUUCUUAUUGAUUAGUGUCAAGAAACUUCCUCAGUUUUCACAUUCUUGGUAUUUAUUUGAUCGUUGUUUCUUUAACGUUUUAAAUUUCGCAAGGAACAUCCCAAGUUCCUAAAAACAAUUCACCCCCUCUUGUCAGUGUUCCUAUUGCAAUAUCAAAGUAACAUGUAAAAUUUGUCUGAAAUACUAAGACUCUAUUUUAUUUGUUUUAUUUUGACUUAUUUUUAGGCAAAAUAAAUUUGGAUAAGUUUUAGAUACAAUGGUGAAUCGUGACGGUACACAAUUUCAAUACAGAAAUACCUCUAGGAGUCAAGGACAGGUUGGGAUGCGUGCCUUAAUCACUCUGUCUUAUUCGUAGUUCGUGCAUUUACCGCUUUCACUUUGGUAGUUAGAAGAUCCCAAGUUCUCAACCCCGUUUUCCCACACUUUCAGCGUUCCUCCUUUUCUCUGGGAAGUCUCUUUUACACUUCUUUGCGGCAUUUCGUCGAACACAAAGAUGGCCGACUCAGAUCAGCAGCUGAAAUCCGAUGCUUUGUUGGAACAAAUGAAAACCCACCUCACUACUGAUGCUGGGAAAGAGACCAUCAAGAAAGUUGGCCUCGUUUAUCAGCUCAACAUCGCCCCUAAGAAAUUGGGGUUUAAUGAAGUGAUUUACACGGUUGAUCUUAAGAAGGGAGAGGUUAAGAAAGGGGCUUAUGAAGGAGGAAAGCCAGAUGCAACAUUUUCUUUCAAGGAUGAGGAUUUCCUUAAGAUUGCAACAGGAAAAAUGAACCCUCAAAUUGCUUUCAUGAGGGGUGCAAUGAAGAUUAAGGGUAGUAUAAGUGCUGCCCAGAAAUUCACUCCUGAUAUUUUCCCUAAGCCUGCUAAGCUGUGAUCUGUUCCAUCGUUUCGGAUGCAGGAACAUGUUCUGGUGUGCAACAAAUUUCUACACAACAGAAAGAUAGUAGUUAUACAUAAAAGUUAGUUUAGGGAAUAUUAAUGUUAUGAAUCAGGUCAUACAUUGUUGUUUGUAAGAUUCCUGAUUCUUUGUGAAACUUGUGGGCUUUUUUUCUCUGUACUUGCAACUUUCUAAUGAAUAAAAUCCGUCUUGAUUUGGGCA